AUGGCCCAAAUGAGUGGAUCCAAGACAGAGGAGCUCUCUGGAGAUAGUAUUCCCGAGGCCCUGAGCACCGAAGGUACAGAGCCCUCAAAGUGUGAGGUCGCACAUACAGAGUACGCUUCUGAAAGAGAUGUCUCGGAUGUCACAACGAAUUGGACUUUAAAGAGAGCUAUUGCAGUUGCCAGUCUGGCUGGCUUAUACACUGGAUCGCAAAUUAUGCUCUACUUCGUCGGCGGUGCGUUGAGCUAUGUUGAAGAGGAUCUAAAUGCGGCCGACAAUAGGGCCUGGCUGCCGGUGAGCAACACACUGGCGAUUGCUGGAGUCGCCCCAUUCGUUGGCUACCUGCAAUAUUUCUUUGGACGUCGGAGAAUUACACUCAUUGGUGAAGUAGUUAUUAUGAGUGGGCUUGUAAUUCUCGCAACAUCCCAUCACUUCAGACAGGCUGUGGCUGGGAUGGCCUUGUGCGGUGCAGGAGCGGCGGUUUGCGAGCUGACUGCUCUAGCUGGCAUCGCGGAAAUUGUCCCUGUCCGAAGCAGGGGCUGGUCUAUAGCACUUUUGGGCAUCUUUCUUAUCCCGUUCGCACUAUACGUGCUCUACGCUCAGCUUUUGUCGUACUAUCACACAUGGAGAUGGACAAUAUGGCUUUCACUGAUUUAUAAUGGUCUCUUUUUCCUAGGCGUUUUGACCACAUAUUUUCCAAAGAAACGCUAUGACCCAGACAACACGCAGGAAGCAGCAACAUUCCGAAAUAUUGACUACGUUGGCGCUGUCUUAUCUAUUGUCGGUAUUACUCUAUUCCUGGUAGCUAUACAAGCUAGUGGGGGCUCCCAUUUUUCCUGGUCCAGCACUUAUGUUCUAGUACAACUAGCUCUCGGCAUAGUCCUGAUCAUAUCCUGGGCAGUCUGGGAGUGGAAGUUUGCACGUGUUCCAAUGAUCCCGCACGCAAUGUUCGCUGGACAGCGAACAGUUGGUCUGGCAUUUCUGGUGGCCUUUAUUGCGAGUCUUGACCUCUAUUCGUUGAUAAACUUUCUCCCGUUGACCUUCUCAGAGGUUUACUCUCCAGAACCACUGCAGAUCGGACUACGAGGUUUGGGGUACGGAAUUUCGGUGACGGCCGGAGCCACAAUUUUUGGCAUGUUACUGUCAGUGACAUGGCUUCCAUGUAGGUGGAUUAUCACCUCGGCGGCAGUUGUCAUGACCGCCUUUGGUGGUGCGAUUGCAAUCAGUAACCCAACAAAUGUCAAGUUGACCGUGGCUUUGGGCACAAUUGGCGGAUUCGGUGUUGGGGUAAUACUAGUCCCUGCUGCAACACUGGCAAUGAUUGUGGUUCCUGACAGUUUACUCGCUACGACAGCCGCACUGUCGCUCUCUAUCCGAACGGUGGGUGGGUCUAUUGGCAAUACCAUCUAUUUCAAUAUAUUCAUCAACAAACUCGCUCCUGCGCUGCCCAAAUUCAUCAUCGAACAUCUUCUUGACGCUGGGCUAAACGCAUCUGAUGCCACGGCUUUUGCGGAAGUCUUUAUGACCGCCCCGGAUAACGUCACGCAGCUUGCAAGCUAUUCGUCCAAUAUCGAAACUGCAGCAGUACUAGGGAAGCAGUGA